GCUCUUCCUGGCGGGAUGAGAUCCUCCCGGGGCUGCGCCACUCCCAGUGGGGCCCUUGCUUCUCAGAACCUAAAGGCAGAUCCAGAAGAGCUUUUUACAAAACUAGAGAAAAUUGGGAAGGGCUCCUUUGGCGAGGUGUUCAAAGGCAUUGACAAUCGGACUCAGAAAGUGGUUGCCAUAAAGAUCAUUGAUCUGGAAGAAGCUGAAGAUGAGAUAGAGGACAUUCAACAAGAAAUCACAGUGCUGAGUCAGUGUGACAGUCCAUAUGUAACCAAAUAUUAUGGAUCCUAUCUGAAGGAUACAAAAUUAUGGAUAAUAAUGGAAUAUCUUGGUGGAGGCUCUGCACUAGAUCUAGUAAGUAUUAUGCUGGAUACAGAAGAUACAGGCAUGGAGGUGGGGCUGGCCUGCACCAGUGAUGUCUCCUCUGAACUCUCCCAAGUGCCUUCUGUGGCCUCCAGUCCACAGCGCCCUUUGGGGAUGACAGCCGGCCGCUCUGCCAUUGCUUUUGGGAGACUUGUCGUAGGCCGACUGUUGAUGACCUCGGGUGCCAUCCAGAAUGGGGUGCCCCACGAAAGUGUUCCUUUUGAUCUGGGUGUCCGUCAGCUGGCCGGCCACCGCAAAGUCCGCCAGCUUCACCUCCCCGUGCUCAGACAGCAGGACACUGCACUGCACGUAAGGAAAGACCUUCCAGCCAUUGGGGACAGGGUUCGGGAUAGACAGACUCAGUUAGACGUGAGCGUCUCCGUCAGCACACUGUGGGGCACGUCGCGCUUCAUUAAGUUAACACGCGCGAGCAGCUUAACCAUUCUUCUGAGGGUGAACAUUGGAAUUGAGUCCUGCUUGGUGUUUGUAAAGAUGCUUUUCUUGUUGCAGGCAGACAUCUGGUCCCUGGGCAUAACAGCCAUUGAACUUGCAAGAGGGGAACCACCUCAUUCCGAGCUGCACCCCAUGAAAGUUUUAUUCCUCAUUCCAAAGAACAACCCACCGACGUUGGAAGGAAACUACAGUAAACCCCUCAAGGAGUUUGUGGAGGCCUGUUUGAAUAAGGAGCCGAGCUUUAGACCCACUGCUAAGGAGUUACUGAAGCACAAGUUUAUACUACGCAAUGCAAAGAAAACUUCCUACCUGACCGAGCUCAUUGACAGGUACAAGAGAUGGAAGGCCGAGCAGAGCCACGACGACUCGAGCUCCGAGGAUUCAGACGCGGAAACAGAUGGCCAGGCCUCAGGGGGCAGCGAUUCUGGGGACUGGAUCUUCACAAUCCGGGAAAAAGAUCCCAAGAAUCUGGAGAAUGGAGCUCUUCAGCCAUCGGACUUGGACAGAAAUAAGAUGAAAGACAUCCCAAAGAGGCCUUUCUCUCAGUGUUUAUCUACAAUUAUUUCUCCUCUCUUUGCAGAGUUGAAGGAGAAGAGCCAGGCAUGCGGCGGGAACUUGGGGUCCAUUGAAGAGCUGCGAGGGGCCAUCUACCUAGCGGAGGAGGCGUGCCCCGGCAUUUCCGACACCAUGGUGGCCCAGCUCGUGCAGCGGCUCCAGAGAUAUUCUCUAAGUGGUGGAGGAACUUCAUCCCACUGAAAUUCCUUUGGCAUUUGGGGUUUUGUUUUUCCUUUCUUCCUUCUUCAUCCUCCUUCUUUUAAAAAGUCAACGAGAGCCUUCGCUGACUCCACUGAAGAGGUGCGCCACCGGGGGCCACCCCAACGCCGGGCGCCCGUCCAGGGACACACACAGUCUUCGCUGUGCCACAGCCAGAUGAAGUCUCUCAGAUGGGUGGGGAGGGUCAGCUCCUUCCAGUGAUCAUUUUAUUUUAUUUUAUUACUUUGGUUUUUAAUUUUAACCAUAGUGCACAUAUUCAAGGAAAGUGUCUUUAAACACAGAAACCCUGAAAUGUAUAUUUGGGAUUAUGAUAAGGCAACUAAAGACAUGAAACCUCAGGAAUCCUGCUUUAAGUUGAUAGCUCCCUCUGGGAGCUGGAGAAUCGCUCUGGUGGAUGGCUGUACAGAUUUGUAUAUAGUGUCAUUUUUACGGAAACCCUUUCGGCGUGCAUAAGGAAUCACUGUGUACAAACUGGCCAAGUGCUUCUGUAGAUAACGUCAGUGGAGUAAAUAUUCGACAGGCCAUAACUUGAGUCUAUUGCCUUGCCUUUAUUACAUGUACAUUUUGAAUUCUGUGACCAGUGAUUUGGGUUUUAUUUUGUAUUUGCAGGGUUUGUCAUUAAUAAUAAUUAAUGCCCCUCUCUUACAGAACACUCCUAUUUGUACCUCAACAAAUGCAAAUUUUCCUCUUGUUUGCCCUACGCCCCUUUUGGUACACUUAGAGGUUGAUUUCCUCUUUCAUCGAUGGUACUAUUUCUUAGUGUUUUAAAUUGGAACAUAUCUUGCCUCAUGAAGCUUUAAAUUAUUAUUUUCAGUUUCUCCCCAUGAAGCGCUCUCGUCUGACAUUUGUUUGGAAUCGUGCCACUGCUGGUCUGCGCCAGAUGUACCGUCCUUUCCAAUACGAUUUUCUGUUGCACCUUGUAGUGGAUUCUGCAUAUCAUCUUUCCCACCUAAAAAUGUCUGAAUGCUUACACGAAUAAAUUUUAUAACACGCUUAUUUUGCAUACUCCUUGAAAUGUGCUCUUCAGAGGACAGGGCACCUGCGGUGUAUGUGUGGCCGUGCGUGUGUACUCGUGGCUGUGCGUGUGUGAUGAGACACUUUGGAAGACUCCUGGGAGAAGUCCCCCGGUCAGCGCCCUGGACAGCUUGCACACUUGCUCACUGAGAUGAUGCGGUUGGAGGUUGCUGAUCUGUGCGAUUGCUGUAGCGGUUGCUGGGGACCUUAAGGGUUAUUUUGCUUCUCUGAAAGGGGCCUGUGCCUGCUAGCCAGGCAGCCAGUGUGUCUGUUUUUCUUGGUUUGCUGUGGGGCCUUGCUUGGCGAGGGGGAAAUUCUCUGGGUUUCUGGAAUGGGAGAGUUCUUGCAGCAGUUGUUGACUGGUACAUGAAGCAUUCUUUUAUGUGUGUGGAAGCUGAUGAUUGACAUCUCCCGUGGGUGUGCCAGUUCUUGUGGAGUGAGGAUUUUUGGAAGCAAGGAAGUUAGUGGGUGAGCUUGGGGAUGUAGCUCAGCUAUCUGCUGGUCUAGUGGCCUCUAAGCUACAGGGGGGACAGAGCCCUGAGCUACAGAUGCUUGAGUGGGUUAUUGUGUCAGUUUGCUAGUGCAGUCUGGUUUUUAAGCUCUAAAAUUGAGGUAUUUUAUUAGAAGUGGAUUUGGGUUGAACUCUUUAAUUUCUAUAAGGGAUAUAUUUUGGUUAGGGGAAAUAGAACUGAGUUGCUAAUUCUUAUUGUACUCAUUACUCUGCACAAGAAUGUUAUCUGGAAUGAUAAAAUUGGGGAAGAUUUCAUUUUGUAUUUCCAGGGAAUAUUGUGUGUGGGGAACUGUUUCCUUACGUGAAGCAGGCGGCAUAAGCCAAAGGUUAGUUUUGUCUUUGUGAGAGAAUCACACAGAUGAGUCUGUGUUCCCCAGGGCGUGCCGUUACCUGAUUUUUAAGUGAGCCAGGGCAGACAGCAGCUUCUCUGAUUCACAGAGGUCUUCAGAUUUACAAAUGGACAGUGACAUCAGUUUUUAACACUGAAGCCAGUCUCAUGCUAGUAACAGUGGUUGUGCUGCUCGAGGGACUGGGUUCUGAUGAAGAAUAUUGGUAUGAACGGGGAGUCUCUGCAGUCGCCAGACUAAUCCUACUCAGCUCCUUCCCCCGUGGCAGCAACAAGUGAAUCUUUGGCAGCAUUGAGUUGAUUGGCAGCAUUUCCUGUCGGGGCAGAUGGGGUUUGAUGGAGUUAGAAAGCUCGCCACCGUACACUGUCUCCUGGGCUGUUACUUUCUGUUGACACACAAUAUCAGCUCCAGAGUUUUUAAGGGCAUCUUAGCCAAGGAAGCUGGCCUUUGUGUAGCCACUUCCAGGCCUGCAUUAACAGAGAGCCCAGGCACCAGGGCUACAACUGGAACCUGCCUCAGCAGCAGCUGGUCUGUAGCCAGACCCGCGGGCCCAGCCUUUGAGAUGGGUUUACUGUCACCAAUAGCCUCUCAGUGCCAGCCCUGAGCUGCUCCUGGCUCAACUACCCGGAGCCUGCAGCCUGGGGAGGUGCUCAGCCUCUGCCUCUGGGAGACGAGGGCUGUGGGCUGGGUGGCUGCUGCCAGCGAGGUGGACACCAGUGUUGUUUGGGAUGUCCUGGCCACCACCUGCUGGGUUCUGAUUUUCUUGGAAGUGUAUCUGCCUUCCUUAUCCAAAAAUUUUAUUCCUGAGUUGCUCCUGUGAAGUGGCUGGUUUGGUUCUGUAGGUAGCAUUUUGUACCUUUCCUUUGGCAAAACACGGUCAAUUUAUAAGCAGUUUUUUACAUUUCCUUCUUUAAAAACAGCUUCUGUAUUUCUGCUCUAAAAUAUGUCAGCAAAGGCAGAGUGACCUAAUAGGGCAUGUUCUUAAGCACAGGGACUGUAUCAUGCAGGGGCCAAUAAAGCUCAAGAAAACG